ACCUCAUCAUUCCAUUUAUAAUAAAGUCAACAUUACAUGCAGGUUUUGUUUAAAGUUGAUUGUCAUUGUGGAAUCGUCGGUGUCUGAAUAAAAUGGCUUUAAGUGAAAUUUGUAAUUUUAACGAUACAAAUAAAAUAUUUGAUCAUGAAACAAUGCUUAGUUCAACCCUUUCCAUAGGAUUAAACAAUUUUCAUUGUUUGCAAGCUCCACCAUAUUCAAAUCCGGUGCAAAAUUUAAAAAAAUUUCAAUCUGAAGCUGGUUUAAAAAUUGACUUCGAUCAUGGUACUACUACUCUAGGAUUUAAAUAUCAGGGUGGUGUGGUAUUGGCUGUAGACUCGCGUGCUACAGGCGGUCAAUUUAUCGGUUCACAAACUAUGAAAAAAAUUGUCGAAAUAAAUAAAUACUUAUUGGGUACAUUGGCUGGAGGUGCUGCAGAUUGUGUUUAUUGGGACCGCGUAUUGGCUAAAGAAUGUCGUCUGCAUGAACUUCGUAACAAAGAACGUAUUUCGGUAGCCGCUGCUAGCAAAAUUAUGCAGAAUAUUGCACAUGAGUAUAAAGGUAUGGGAUUAAGCAUGGGUAUGAUGUUGGCAGGAUACGAUAAACGUGGCCCAGGAUUGUAUUAUGUCGAUUCUGAUGGUUCACGUACACCUGGUAAUUUAUUCUCUGUAGGAAGCGGAUCUAUUUUUGCAUAUGGUGUGCUCGAUUCUGGUUAUAAGUGGGAUCUGGAAGACGAAGCUGCUCAUGAACUUGGCAGACGUGCUAUUUAUCAUGCUACGUUUAGAGAUGCCUAUUCUGGUGGUAUUGUUCGAGUAUACCACAUGACUCCCGAUGGUUGGGUACAUAUUUCUGAUACCGAUUGCCAAGAACUUCAUUAUAAAUAUGAAGCAGAAAAAAAUAAUGCUAAGUGAAAAUAGUUUUUUAUGGAUGAAUUAAAAUAGCCCUGGACAUGGAUUAUUUUAUGUAUUAAAUAGCUUUUCUUUUAAUAAUGUACUUUUCAAGUUUGAAUUAAAAAUUAAAGAUUA